AUGAAUGUUUCCAGUUUUAUACUUACAUCAGAAGGGCAAGGCCCCGAUCCCCAAGUAUCAAUCACUGUCAUCGCAUAUCUGACUCUGCUGAACUCACCGUGGUUUCAUUGCCCUAGAUGGGACUCAGUGAAGUUGGAAAUCCAUACUCGCCUGUGUCGCUCUCUCAAUACGGCUGACUUGCCUGAAAACUACUUUUUGGGCCGGUCCUUGGACGACCUCCCAAUUGACGAGGUACAAAAGGCAACAGCUCUAAAUUAA